AUGUGGAAUCGUGCAAUUCAAUUUCUUGUUCACUUAUUUGGUUGGUCAUCAUUUUUUGUCAUGGAUCAUAUUGGAAAUUUUUCUAAUGCAUGGCAACAAUUCAUUCGAGAUCCUCAUGUUGCUCAUGCAGCAUAUUCAAUAACUAUCUUAGAUAGUCGAACAGGUUCAAUACUUUUUGAACAUGCCAAAGAUCUAGGUCUUGCACCAGCAUCAUCACUUAAAACAAUCACGGCAGCUGCUGCUUUGCAUUAUCUCGGUUCAGAUUAUACUUAUGAAACUUUGUUGCAAUAUUCGGGUACAAUAGAUACUGUAACAGGCUUUCUUGAUGGAUAUAUUUAUAUUAUUGGUAGUGGAGAUCCAUCGUUAGGCAGCUGGCGAUAUAAUGAAACGACAACAGCAGAUUUUAUUAUUAAAAAAUGGAUAGAAGCUAUAAAACAAGCUGGAAUUCGAAAAUGUCGAGGUAUUAUAGGUGAUACUAGUCGAUGGAAUAAUACUAAAACAAUUCUCAUUGAUGGAUGGACAUGGAAUGAUAUUGGUCAAUGGUAUGGUACUGGUCAUUCAGCAUUAAAUUGGAGAGAAAAUGAGUUCACUAUUGAAGUUCAACCAGGUUCAUCUGCAAAUGUAUCUGCUCGUCUUAUUACUAUAAAAAAUUCACCACCUCGUUUAAAAAUUAUCAAUGAAUUAAUCACUUCAUCAUCAGAUGGUGAAGCAUCUCUUUAUUUUUCUCUUGAUGGUUCUAAUGUUAGUUAUCUACGUGGUGUUGUACCACUACAUGCACCUUCGAAUUUUAACCUUCGUUGUGCUGUACCUGAUUCGGCAUUGUAUGUUGCUGAUGAAUUAACUCAAGCAUUGCGAUUAAAUGGGAUUGAAGUAGAACAAGAUGCAACAGUUGAAUCAAAUGAAAAAGAAAACCUAACGUUAUUAGAUGUUCAUCGAUCACCUCCAUUAUCACAACUACUUGAGCAAUUUCUUCGUAUUAGUAUCAAUAUGUAUGGUGAAGUACUUGUUAAAACCAUAGCUCAUCAAACAGGACAAUCUUCAUUAUUUGAUGCUCCUUUGAAAAUUCUGCCAUCAUAUAUUAAUCAGUUACUUACGAAUAAUAAUUCGUUAGAAGCUGUAGCAAUAACUGAUGGAUCUGGUCUUUCGCGUAGUAACCGUCUAAGUACAUAUAUUUUAGCACAAAUCCUAUUUACGCUGCAAAAACAACCAUGGUUUGAUGAUGUUUUUUAUGAAGCUUUCCCGACUAUAAAUGGAAUUCGAAUGAAAAGUGGAACAUUGCUGAAUACGAUUGCUUAUGCUGGAUAUAUUAAGGAAAAUUCGUUUGUUUUUUCAUUUAUGAUUAAUAACUAUUAUGGUGAAACUGCUCCCGAUAUGAGAAAAAAAGUUUGGAAUAUGCUUGAUACAUUAAAGAUUACUAGAAUUCUAGGACGAAAAUUAAGCCCUACAGAACAAGUGACAGGUAUUUAUGCUCCAGUUGCUCCAAUUACUCUUGAAGGAUUUGCACGUUCAACAGUAAAUAUUCCAGAUGAUGCAACACACUUUUGUUGGCUCUAUCCACCUAAGCUUACAUCUAAUGAUGAUGAUGUUACUUCGAAUAAUUCAGAUGAAUCAAAUUUAUGUAAAAUAGGUGGAUUUGCAUAUUUUAAUACUACUGACAACAAUAUUGACAAACUUCGACUUAUUCGUGUUAACUCAUUGAUUGUACCUGCUAACAAUGGACUAACUUUUGAAGGUCCAUAUCCUUGGAAAAAAGAAUUCACAGAUCGUCUUUGGACACAAAAUCGAUUUCAAUCUGUAACACUACCGUGUCUUCUCGAAAAAGGUGCACGAUAUUUUGCUUUUAUUAAUCCUUAUGAAUCAUUAUCUAGUGAAAAUGGUCAAUCAUCAUGGAUACCAUCAUCACAUGGAGCCUUUGUAUAUUUAUUCAAUGAAGAUCAUUCACCACAUGUAUUCGAUUGUUAUUUUUCUGUAGCUGAUAAUUGUUUAGGUGUGUCACCAAGUGAUGAAAAAUGA